AGUAUUCAACAGACUCCGUUGCAAUCAGUCGUGGCACACGAAAUACCUGAAAAGAAAUUUUCUAGAAAAUUCAAUAACAAACCAUGGAUAUCGAUGAACUGUUGCUGUAUUCUAUAAUAGAAUAAAUAUAUUCUAAUGAAAUACAAGUGAAUGUGCAAAUUUAUAUACCAAAGAAAAUAGCGAAUUUGUGUAAAGUUACUAGUCAAAUAAAAACUUAUCAAACUGGAGGACCUACAAACUUUAGAGGGCGCAGAAAGCGUGGUCGAAAAUGGCAGUGCAAGAGCCCAGGAAUGUUUGGAAAAGAACCUCAAUCUCACUGAAAACUUUUGUCCACCAUACUAUGAUGGACUGCUAUGCUGGGAUCCGACACCAUGGUAUACAUUGGCUGUGCAAAAAUGUUUUAGUGAAUUUCAUGGUGUCCAGUAUGAUGACACACAGAACGCUUCGCGUUUGUGCUUGGACGGCAUGUGGCACAACUACUCCAACUAUGUAAAUUGUACAGAACGCAUUGCAAACGUAUCACCAACAGAUGUGACUAGCCUUAUUUAUCUGGCAGGCUAUUCACUCAGUCUUGCCGUCCUUUCCCUUGCCGUGUUUGUUUUUCUGUAUUUUAAAGAUUUAAGAUGUCUCAGGAAUACUAUUCAUACAAAUCUGAUGUCUACAUAUAUAUUGUCCGCAUGUAGUUGGAUGUUAAACUUAGCUUUACAAAACUGGUCAGACGAGGCUCAACAUGACCAAAUUUCGUGUAUUAUACUGGUGAUUUGCAUGCAUUAUUUCUACCUCACGAACUUCUUCUGGAUGCUUGUCGAAGGCUUGUACCUGUAUAUGUUAGUGGUUGAAACAUUUACUGCCGAAAAUAUCAAACUGAAAGUAUACACCACAAUUGGCUGGGGGGCACCUGCAAUAUUUAUAACAAUAUGGGUGAUUUCGAGAUGCUUUGUAACCGUUGUUCCUUCUACUGGCCCCGAUGAAUUGGCAAUCUCAAGUGAAACAAAGAUGUGUCUUUGGAUUCAUGAACAUCAAGUCGAUUGGAUUCACAAAGCGCCGGCAUUAAUUGGACUAGCACUAAAUCUAUUUUUUUUAAUCAGAAUUAUGUGGGUGCUGAUCACUAAGCUGAGGUCAGCAAACACAUUAGAGACAGAACAGUACAGAAAGGCAACCAAGGCGCUGCUUGUUUUAAUACCUCUUCUGGGCAUCACCAAUUUGCUAGUAUUAUGCGGCCCUAGUGACGAUUCGUGGUUUGCUCACGCUUUUGACUACUCUAGAGCUUUAAUGUUAUCAACACAGGGUUUUACCGUGGCUUUAUUUUAUUGCUUUAUGAACACUGAAGUAAGGCAUGCGAUCAGAUACCACGUUGAGAGAUGGAAGACAGGCAGAAACAUCGGCGGUGGAAGGCGUAGAGGCGCAUCAUAUUCUAAAGACUGGUCCCCGCGUUCAAGAACGGAAAGCAUUAGGUUAUACAGUCAGCCAAAUAAACGCGAGUCGGCCGCGUCGGAGACUACAACCACGACAUUGCUGGUACCACGAACAUCACUAGCGCCACAUCUCGACACCAGACAUCUUCAUACUGAUUAUAUCACAAGUGGCAGUGCAAGCGGAGAACAAUCGCCAGUGUGAGGUGGGAGGCGGGGGAGGCUUUCACGCCUGCGCACUCUACACGAAGAGGAGGUCCCUCUUGAAGCGCCUGCUCCUGCCUCUCCCGCCGUCACUCCUAUUUUUCCCUCCAACUGUCAAGAUUCCACAACUGAACUAAAUCGCACGACGUCACGGCUUCAAGUGGCAUCUCCAAAUAGCUCAACUAUCGUUUCAUUUAGUGCUUUCACAAUGAAUGAUACAGGCGCAAAUGGACUUGAUAAUUUUACCUCUACAACAGAAGCCCGUGGGCCGAGGCGUUCACCUCUUAAUUAAAAUGCUUAAAGUCAUUUAGCAUUCGUAUUUUUUUACAUUUUUAUAUGUGACAUAGUGUUUCCACUUUAUCCCGUGAAUGUAGUAAGAGGCGGCUACGGGUUCACCUUUCUAAUGUAAAAUACGGCUGACGAUAUUCAGCAUUGUCUACGGUUUAUAUAUUAUAUUCAAACUGCUCUAUGGUCUAUGUUGCGAGACGUCUCAUUCUGUGGUCGCCAAUUGACCAGCUAAGCGUAUCGUGGUGGCAAAUUAUUCCUACAAUGGGGCAGGCCUAUCUCCAGCAGUGGACUAAAACGGUCUGAUAGAGAAAAAGUGGGAGAGAAAUAUGUGUUACACAAUAUUCACAUUCGUGUAUAUACAAUACGUAAUUGCUUCAGUUAUUUAAUUUAUCAUCGCAACAUUCAAUAUUAAAUGUAUGAUAAAAAGUGAGAGAGAAAUAUGUAUUACACAAUAUUCACAUUCGUGUAUAUACAUAUAUACGUAAUUGCUUCAGUUAUUUAAUUUAUCAUCGCAACAUUGAAUAUUAAAUGUAUGAUAAAAAUGUGUGAACAUAGAAUAUAUCAUAGAUGUCGUCGUUUAACAAAUAAGCUUUAUAAAAAAUAUUAUAAAUACAUUACAAUACCUACUUAAUAUCCAGUGCUUUUUAAUAAUAUUAAAAUAUUUUUAUUAAUAAUGUCAAUCUAAAUUCGUUGCAAAACUGUGUAUUUUAUAUAUAUUAUUUUACAGUUUCGUUAACUGUAAUUUUUUACGGGUAUACUGUAAAGUCCAUUUGUAUUAUAAUUUUACUAGUUAAUAUUGUUAUAAUUUUAAAGACUCCAUUUGUAAAUUUUAUUUAUAGUGCUAUGAAAAUAUUUUAAUAUAGGUGUUUUAGCUUAGCAAAUUCUGAUCGGUACCUUUUUGUUACACUUUUUGUCCCUUUUUUUAAACAACUUCAAGCAACCUAAAUAAUUGCUCGAUUAAAUUACGGGUUUCAUUAUACGUUAUUGCGUUACUUCAUACCAACUGAAAGCUCAUUUAUAUUUUUUGUAGUUAUUGGUAUUUUAUGUAUUUUAAUUGCUGUAAAUAUUGCAACCCUCAACGACUGUUGCCAAAGGUACUAGUAUGUUAAAAUUAAAUUUACGAUAGUUUUAAAUAGUUAUAGCUUACAAGUAAAUUGGGAAACAAUGCGCUAUUUGUAACAUAAACUUUAGUAUAUCCUAAGGAGAAAAAAUAAAUGUAUCUAGCACAUACUUGUGUGUAAUUUAAUGAAUAUAAACAUUUUUAAUAUUACAUUUUGGAGAUGCUAUAUACUAACGAUUCAUUCAAUACUUUCAACUAUAAAAUGAAUACGUAUGUAAGUAACUUAUAAAUAUAUGUUUACAGUAUAAGCUAAAAUUAAACGAAGGAUUGUUAUUUACACCUAUGUAUACAUAAUUGCUGUUGAUGAUGCAUACCUACUCUUACUUUUCUAAGAUAUUUUCUAAGUGCCAUGUGAAGUCAGCAAAAUAAUAAUUUUUAUAUGACAAUGAACUAAUAUAAGCCAUUUUAAUAUUAUUAUAUUAUAUAUAAAUUUCAAAAUUAUUACGUGAGUAAAUGUUAUUCAUUAAAUUAAAAUAUAUCUGUAAUACGUUCUUUUCGUCAAAAUAAAUGUAACUGAAUGUUUAUAUCUUUAAUAAAAUAUUCACC